AUGGAUAGAAUAUAUACAGUAUACAGACAGAAUAAAAGGGGAGAACUCUUGAAAUUACCAACACAAAUAUAUUUAAGUAAAAAUAUUCAGUGUGGAUUUGAGUGCUGUGGGAGCACUAAUCCAAGGAUUAAGGAAUCUGGCACGGACACAUUUUAUAUCGUAUCUGAUGAAUUUCUGAAUGACUUUAUUUCAUUUAUAGAGACUAAAACCAUCAGGAAUAUUAUUAUAACAAGGACUGCUGUGAUGGAGUUAAAGAGGAAGUAUAUUAAUACGUAUAGAAGGUUAAGUAUAAUCAUAGACAGGUAUAACUUAUUCGUAUUAGAGGAUAUUUAUUAUGAGAGUAUAUAUAAAUAUGUAGAAGAGAAUAAAAGUACAGGGAGUACUUAUUAUGAUAUGGUGAGUAUGUGGUAUAAUAUACAUAAUAUGAAGUAUAAGUAUGUAUCAGUGCACUCACAGAGAGAAGUACGCUCGGAAUAUUCGAUGGGGUUAUUUAUAUCAACUGUGUACAGUUCUGUGUUACCCAGUGAUAGUAUUAGGGGUAUGUACGUAUGUGAUAAGAAUAUGGAAUAUUUAGGGAAAGAGGAUAUUAUAAAGAUAGAGGACAGGACUGAAAAGGGGUUUAUUUCUAUUGAGGACAGGGAUUCAGGAGGUAUAUUAUUGUGUAACAUAGAAGGGUACCAGAUGUGUAUAAGUAUACCCAGAGAGUAUCUUAAUAGGGCCAUUGAUAGGGAUUAUGUUAUUGUAGAGGUACUUACAGAGGAUGGAGAUGCGCGUAUAGGGAGAGUUAUAAGUGUAGAGAGAAGGAGUAGGAAACCAUUCCCAUGCAGGAUUUUAAAGGUUUUAGAUAAGGAGAGUGGACAUAUCCUGGUUGAGCCUGAGAUGAAUAAUCUUCCUAAUGUUAUUUGUAGAUUAUCAUGUAUUAACGGAAGAACUAUCGAAGAUAUUUCAGAUAUUCUACUGGAGUUAGAUAAAAGAGUAUUAUUAGGGGUUGUAGAAGAAUGGAGUGUAAAUGAGAAAUACCCUGUGGGGUAUAUAAUAAAGGAUACGGGUGAGAAGGAGAGUAUAGAAGCAGAAACAGCUGCACUCCUGGAACACCAUGCCAUACUGGACCAGCCAUUUGAAAUAUCUGCUGUACAGGAACUGCCUAAUGAGGAUUGGACAGUAUCACACGAUGACUUAAAUGAAAGAGAAGAUUUAAGAGGGUACCCCAUAGCCAGUAUAGACCCAGAAGGGUGUAUAGAUAUAGAUGAUGCAUUGCAUGCUAAGUAUAAUGAAGAUGGAACUAUUGAUAUGGGUGUACAUAUAGCAGAUGUUACACAUUUUGUAAAAGAGGAUAGUAAUUUAGACAGAGAGGGCAGGAUCAGAGGGUGUACGACAUACCUCCCUAAUAGAAGGAUUGAUAUGCUUCCUCCUCUAUUAGGGACUAACUUAUGCUCACUCCAUAAGAAUGUGGACAGGUUGGCAUUCUCAGUUAUCUGGAAAGUACGGAUAGUCCAGGAUCAAGUGGUAUUCUUAGACAGAAGGUUUACUAAAUCCAUAAUCCGAUCGAAAGAGUCCUUUACAUAUGAUCAAGCAUCGGCUAUCUUAGAGGCGGGAGAGUAUAAAUCACAGGAAUUAUUGCACUCCAUCCAACUUCUUAAGAAUAUUUCAAGUCUUUUAAAGAGGGAACGGCUUCGAACGGGUGCAUUUGUGAUUCACUCAGACGAGUGCAGAAUAUCUGCAAGGACAGAGAAGUAUUUCAAUGAAAUAGCGUAUAACCCAUCAGAGCAUAUUAUAACAGAAGAUGCACACUCUGAAGAACAUGAUACGCACUCACUCGUUGAAGAGUUCAUGUUACUUGCUAAUCAGCAUGUGGCCAAGUACAUAUCAGAAGUAUACCCUAAGGAGUCUUUAAUAAGAGUCCAUCCAAGACCAUCUGCAUCUGCAUUUAAGGAAUUAGAAGUGGCACUCUCACAGCACACUAAUUCACGCAUUGAACUGAACCCAUUAAAACCAUCUGAAUUAUCAGUUACCCUGAAGGAGUACUCUACUACAGAUGUACUGAAAAGUACUAUUGGUGCAUGGGCUACUAAGUGUAUGACACAAGCUGUUUACUCGCCUUCUUCUGUAGGGUGUAAAUUACAUUACGGUCUGGCAAUGAAUUAUUAUACGCACUUUACUUCUCCCAUUAGAAGGUAUGCUGAUGUCAUUGUGCACAGAAUACUGUACAGUGCAAUGAACCACCAGAGAUAUUCACCAGUGACUGAAACAAGACUGGAGAGCAUCUGUGACUCAGUUAACAGAUCGUACAGAAAUGCCAAGAUGGUGGCACGGCAUGCGAAUCAGUUAUACGUUAGGUACUUAAUCAUGAAGCAAGUGAUGAAUUUAGUUGUAGUGGGUAUAUCCACUGAUAAAGUAGAAGUAUACUUGCCAUACUAUGGUAUAAAUGGCAUUCUAUCCCUGCCAGAGUCAUUUAUCAUUCAGAAUGGAAUUAUCACAGAUGGCAAGAAUGUGAGGGUGGGUGUGUUCUCUUCUGUACAGGGAGUUCUCAUCCCAGAAAUUAGAAAAGUAUUUGCAUUUGCUAUUGUGCUUUAAACAGAAAU